AUGGAGCGGCUUCUUCAUUCACCCGCCAGGGCUCGUGAAGAGUACCGGUAUCAAAUGGCACGUCCUUCUUCAAAACUGAUCUCAAGGACUGCCUUUAGCUUGGGGUCCACAACCCAACUGAGAGGCAACGAAACUGGGGCCAAACCAGUUGAUAGCUUAGAUUUGUUGCAGACCACAACAUUUGCAGGUGAAAUGCCUCUAAGGAAAAUGAGUGAGAAAGAAUUACUGCAGGGACUCAAUGACCGCUUCGCAGGAUUCAUCGAGAAGGUUCAUCACCUGGAAAACCAAAACAGAGCGCUUGAGAGAGAAAUUGAGGCCACUAAACUCAGAGGGAUAUCCUCAGGCUCUCUCUCUAAAGAAUAUGAAUUGGAACUCAACGACCUGAGGAAGCAAGUUCACGAGAUUUCCCUUCAAAAGCAUCAGAUUGAGAUAAAUCGCCAGACUCUGGAGGACGAGUUCAAAACUUUGAGAGACAAGUACGAGAGAGAAGCGUGUAGUCGAGUUGAUACUGAGGACAAUAUUUCAGUGCUGAAGAAAUGCAUCAAUGACGCAUACUUAGCCAAACAAGAGAUGGAUAGAAAAGCAAAAGCUCUUGAAGAUGAAAUCAGCUUUCUGAAGAAAAAUCACAAGAGUGAGGUAGACGAAGUGAUUGGCCAAAUCCAGGAAAGUCAUGUGGCUGCAGAAAGGAGUGAUUUUAGUAGAAGUGAUAUUACUGCAGCUCUGAGAGACAUCAGGAUGCAACUUGAAGGUCACACCAACUCUGACAUCCGAUACGCUGAGGAGCGCUGUUGCACACAGCUCGCCAAACUGACCAAAGCAGCUGAGGUCAACAGAGAGGCCCUCAUGGCUACUAAAGCAGAGAUUAAUGAACACAGGAGACUGCUUCAGUCCAAGGACACUGAGCUGGACUCUGUGAAAGGUGUGAGAGAGGCAAUGGAAAGGCAGCUGUAUGACCUCGAGCAACGGCACAAUGCUGAAAUCCAUCAUUACCAGGACACAAUCAGAGAGCUGGAAUUCGAGCUGAAAAAUGCUAAAUAUGACAUGAGCAGCCACAUCAUGGAGUACCAGGAUCUUCUCAAUGUAAAAAUGGCCCUGGAUGCUGAAAUUUAUUCUUACAGAAAACUUUUGGAGGGUGAAGAGUCAAGGUACUCUACAAUCUCAGAUGCACAUAUUUCAGUACCAUUCAUUUACAGACAGUCACCUACUCUCCCUUGUGUGAAAAGGCAGGGGGUAGCAACUCGAAAAGCAGAGCCUCACUACAAAUUUGUUGAAGAGAUCAUUACAGAAACAAACAGAGAAGAUGUGGAGAUAUCAGACACUGGGGCUGACAAGAGUGAGGAGGGGAGAGAAGAUGACAAACCAGACGAGGAGAGCAGUGAGCAAGAUACACAAGGUGACAUUUCACAGGAGGCUGAAGAUACUAAAGAACCAGCCAUGGAGAACAGCAAUGGAGGUAGCCCUGAAAUAGAGGCAGAAGAAAACCUGACUGUAGAGAUUGUUGAAAGAGAGGAAGAGAUGGCUGUAAACAAUAAGGUACACAAAGAUAAGGACACUGACUCUGAACCAACUCAAGACAAAAUUUUAGCAAAACCCCUUGAUGAAAAAGAUAAAGAUGAGCAAACCGACACAAAAAGCAUAGAGCCCAAAGACCUGCAGGAUGAUUUGAAAGGAAAAGUAGAAGUACUAACAGAUGCACCUGAAGAGGAAAAUGUGAAGACAGAUAAACCAGAUACAGAUAAAAAAGAGAAAGAUGUCUCAAAAUCAGAGCUGUUAGCAAAGCAAGUACUGCCAGAGAAGUCAGCUGAAGCUGGUCCAAAAGACAAACCAUCUCAGAAGCCGCAAGAAGGUCCUGAAACAACUACUCAAGAAAACACCAAGCCCAGUGAAAAGGCAGUUGAGGUAACUUCCCAAAAAACUGAAGAAGUUGAACAUAAAGAUGCUAAAAUUACAUCUCAAGAAUCUAAAACUGCAAAAACACCAGAGAAAGAAACAGCGCCAGUGAAAUCUGUAGAGGUGGAUACUGCAACACCAAAACCACAGGUCACACCUGACAAUGCUGAGAGUGGAAAAAAGAUUCCUUUGGGAGAGGAUACAAUGGAGGAGUCAAAGAAGAGUGGAGAUGCAAGUUUCCCUAAAAAGGAUAUUUCAGAAAAUGUGAAGACAGAUAAACCAGAUACAGAUAAAAAAGAGGUAGAGAAAGAUGUCACAAAAUCAGAGCUGUUAGCAAAGCAAGUACUGCCAGAGAAGUCAGCUGGAACUGGUCCAAAAGACAAACCAUCUCAGAAGCCGCAAGAAGGUCCUGAAACAACUACUCAAGAAAACACCAAGCCCAGUGAACAGGCAGUUGAGGUAACUUCUCAAAAAACUGAAGUUGCUGAACAUAAAGAUGCUGAAAUUACAUCUCAAGAAUCUAAGACUGCAAAAACACCAGAGAAAGAGAAAGAAACAGCGCCAGUGAAAUCUGUAGAGGUGGAUACUGCAACACCAAAACCACAGCUCACACCUGACAAUGCUGAGAGUGGAAAAAAGAUUCCUUUGGGAGAGGAUACAAUGGAGGAGUCAAAGAAGAGUGGAGAUGCAAGUUCCCCUAAAAAGGAUAUUUCAGACACUGUGAAGACAGAUAAACCAGCUAAAGAGGUAGAGAAAGAUGUCUCAAAAUCAGAGCUGUUAGCAAAGCAAGUACUGCCAGAGAAGUCAGCUGAAGCUGGUCCAAAAGACAAACCAUCUCAGAAGCCGCAAGAAGGUCCUGAAACAACUACUCAAGAAAACACCAAGCCCAGUGAACAGGCAGUUGAGGUAACUUCUCAAAAAACUGAAGAAGUUGAACAUAAAGAUGCUAAAAUUACAUCUCAAGAAUCUAAGACUGCAAAAACACCAGAGAAAGAGAAAGAAACAGCGCCAGUGAAAUCUGUAGAGGUGGAUACUGCAACACCAAAACCACAGCUCACACCUGACAAUGCUGAGAGUGGAAAAAAGAUUCCUUUGGGAGAGGAUACAAUGGAGGAGUCAAAGAAGAGUGGAGAUGCAAGUUCCCCUAAAAAGGAUAUUUCAGACACUGUGAAGACAGAUAAACCAGCUAAAGAGGUAGAGAAAGAUGUCUCAAAAUCAGAGCUGUUAGCAAAGCAAGUACUGCCAGAGAAGUCAGCUGAAGCUGGUCCAAAAGACAAACCAUCUCAGAAGCCGCAAGAAGGUCCUGAAACAACUACUCAAGAAAACACCAAGCCCAGUGAACAGGCAGUUGAGGUAACUUCUCAAAAAACUGAAGAAGUUGAACAUAAAGAUGCUAAAAUUACAUUUCAAGAAUCUAAGACUGCAAAAACACCAGAGAAAGAGAAAGAAACAGCGCCAGUGAAAUCUGUAGAGGUGGAUACUGCAACACCAAAACCGCAGCUCACACCUGACAACGCUGAGAGUGGAAAAAAGAUUCCUUUGGGAGAGGAUACAAUGGAGGAGUCAAAGAAGAGUGGAGAAGCAAGUUCCCCUAAAAAGGAUAUUUCAGACACUGUGCAUGUAGAAGCUAAACAAUCUGAGCAAGGGGACACCAACAAACUAACAGAUGCUGCAAAACCUGUAGAUAAAAAGCAAGAGUCUCCAACAAAAGAAGAGGAAAAGCUACAAACAACAGAAGAAUCAGUAAAAAAGGAAGAUAGCAAUGCUGAUGGAUUGGUAGACAGUGUGAAAACAGAAAAGAGAGAAGGAGCCAAGCCAGAAGAAACAGAAAAAACACAAGAAGACAUUUCAAAGGAUGCAGGAGAAAAAUCUAAACCUGAGUCAAAGAAACCGGAGGACACCACAAAAGAUACUAGUGAAAACAGUGUAAAAACAAGCAAAGGAGAAACCAUAGUCACAGAAAAGAAGGUUGAUGAUGCACCUAAAGCCAAGGAAACCAAAUCUGAUGCAAAGCCAGAGCCAAAGGAUACAAAAGAGAGCAAAGUGAAGAUGCCUGAAAAAGCUGAAGGGGUGGAUAGUGUAACAACCAAAGACUUUAAGACUGACAGUGGAACCACCAAAGAUGUAAAAAGUGAAGAAACUGUCCCAAAAGAUGACAAAGAAUCAGACAGCGGCUUACAUAAGGUGAAGGAUGCAACAUCUGAGACAUCAUCCAUAACAGAGGCAAAAGCACCAGAGAAGACUGAGCAGGUUGGCCAGGAGGACAGCAUGAAAAUCAAAGGUGCAGAUGAAAAAAGAAAACCCUUUAAUGUAGUGUAG